UAGAUUCAUUUUACUGCCUAGCCAUCGGAGAAGAGAAGUGAAGCAUUAGAAGUCUGAAAUCACUCUAAAUUUUGGAAGGUUUGCAAAGAAAACAAGAUGAACAUUCUGUGCAUCUUAGCCUGUGUUCUGGGCAUACUGUCGCCGACGGCCGCGGUUUCCAGUUGUAUGCCUGAUCUUGGUCUGGUGGUAGAUACAACAAAGAGUCUCGGAUAUAAUAACGUACCCGUCUUGAAGGAAGCACUUGCUCUUCUUGUUCAAAACUUUGAUAUCGCAGAGGAUAAAACGCAUGUGUCUUUGGAAACAUUCAACAAGAAGGCCCAAGUUCAAAACAAAUUUAACGAUCCUACCUAUUGGUCCGUAAAUGCCGUUCUUGAUCUCAUAAACGCGUCCAUUGACAAGCUGAAAUCGCCAACCCGCCUGGACUAUGCACUGGAGGAGGCAAAUGGCACAAUGUUUACCCAGGCGAAUGGGGACAGACCCGGAGAACGAAAUGUCUUGGUGGUGUUCACGGACGGCCGAACACACGAAUCAACUGAUUUUGACAAAUAUGCCGCCUAUAUCAAGGAUUUGAAGAGUAAAGGUGUUCGCUUGGUCGUAGUUGCAAUCGGUCCUGAUUCCAAAAGGGAGCAAUCUCAGAUAGUAUUGAAUCAGACUGGAGGAGAAAAUGUUUUCCAUGUUGCUGACUACCCGAGCCUUGAUGACGCAGUGAAUGACGUCGUGAACUUGAUCUGUCCGCCAAACCCUUGUAGAGGCUUUGCAACUGAUGUGGCAUUUUUGGUGGACAGAACGAACAGUGUUGGUCUUAGCAACUUUAGGAUGCUCAAAGGCUUUCUCCUACAGCUCAGUGACGCAAUGCCAAUUGGUCCAGACGCUACCCAUGUUGGGUAUAUUCUGUUCGCCAAGAGAGCGAAAUUGUUAAACACUUUUGCAAACACUGAAUACUACAGUCGUGAGAACGUGCACAGCCUUAUAACAAGUAUACCUAAUGACUUGGGCGGCCUGACAUUCAUUGACAAAGCCCUGAAGAAAGCCAAUGAUUCACUUUUCACACCGAACGGGGGGGACAGGCUGGAGGCUCCAAACGUAUUGAUACUGAUGACAGAUGGAAGAACUAAUGAUGCUUCUGUACCUUUCUCAGAGAUAGUUCCUUCUCUUAGGGACGACAAGCACGUUAGAAUGAUUGCCUUGGGUAUUGGGAAUUAUAGGCAGUUUAUGGAUCAACUGCGCGAAAUCGCAGGAGAUAAUGUUUACACCGCCGACAACUUCGACGAGCUGUCGGAUUUGUUCAACGAGAUACUGGUGGAAAGCUGCAGUGUUGAUGGAGGGUUUUCUGACUGGAGUGAUUGGUCUGACUGUAAAGAUGGAAUGCAGGAAAGAACCAGAACCUGUUCUAACCCUCCUCCCCACGGAAAUGGAAAAGAUUGCGAAGGAGAACUGAAGGAAACAAGACCAUGUCUUAAGAAAAGGACAUCAAGGACUGGUCGAAUUUCUGAGGCAAUCGACACAAUGAACUUAGAGUAAACUAACUAAGGAUGAUGAAGGAUCAUCUUAUGUUGCAUUCAAAGUCAAAGUGUAACAUGCCUGACAUGACAUAUUGUAGUUUAAAAAAGGGGAAAAUCAUAAUUAAUAAAGGGAUUUAAAUAGCUAAGAAAA